UCGCCAUUGGCAUGGUCGAAUUUUACAAGAUCUUGUCUCUGAAGUAAGAACGAAAAUGACAGAAGCAGCAGGUGCUUCCACUAAUGACACUGCGACAGCAGGAACCGAGUAUAUCGCAUGCUCAAACACUGAUGGAGAGGACACAAUAAACGAGGACACUUGUGACGAAAACAUCAUAUCUAAAACAACACCAAAACGUUCUAACUCGUGUACGUCUACGUCAUCACAACAACGUGUAGCUGAAUGGAUGCAGCAAAAUGAUAAUAUAUCAGAAGAUGUUAGUCUACCGACGUUUGACCCCGGACCUUCUCCGGUAUUUCCCAAACCUCAGAGAGAUCAACAUGUCAGAAUAAGUAUACCAGAGUAUUCCGAAAGAAAAGUAUUUGACGAGCGUUUAUGGGAUAGAUUUCAGAUGAUCCCGCGUGAACGAAUCUCUACCAGUGAUACAAUUCGACCAUUUGUUAAAGUAUUUAAAUUCAUCUGUUAUAUCCUAUUGUUUUGUCUUGUUUUGACGUCAGCUGUUGUUAGUAAGAUGUGUGUUCUUUUAUUGGCAUCCAGUAUUAUAAAAGAUCCUGUAACUAAGAAUGAUGAAGACUCUCCUGCGUAUACUAUGUUAGUUAUUGUCAUUUGUUCGCCAUACAUCUGUUGGGUAUUUAGUUACUCCGCUAAGUCCUUGUUUGGAAGCAGUGCUUGGCCAUCAUUCCGGAUGAUAAUCGUUACGCUGUUUGUGGAACUUUUACAUACUUUCGGAUUAUCACUAUUAGUUUUCCAUAUUUUGCCAAGAAUGGACAUGGCAAGAAGUUUACUAACAUUUUGUGGAGUAUCUACGGUACCAGCAUUUUUCAAAACAAUAGGCCUAGCCUGUGAUUCAAGUAUUCCGCCAGUGAAAAGAUGUGCUCUUGGACUUAUCAAUAGCCUAGCCUUUAUAAUACAGCUAGCAAAUCUAGCAGCAUCAACUUUAUUGAGUACACCGUUAACCGAAACUGAAAAGAAUACUCUUAAAGCUACUGUUUUAAAUAAUGAUGAAAUAGUCCACACGGUUUCGAGACCACCGUUAACAUUUGAUGAUAGAAUUAUGUGGGAGAUACCAGUAGCUUUACUUUUCAUCAGUAUUUCAUACUGGGAAAAUUUUGUUUACGGUAAUUUCAGUAUACAUGCUUUUCAAAUUCCGUUGUUAGAAUGGAAGAAGCAGAUGCAUUCCGUUCGCCAACGACUGUACAUCCUCGCUGGAAUCUGGAAGAUUGGUUGGACAAUGGUGUUUGCUGUUUUGUUGUUUCCAGGAUUUAAUUUCAACAUUCAUUUUAGUGAUAAACCUCAGGUCUUGAAAAGUGAUAAUACUGUUUUACCCCAAUUGCUAACAACAACACUUUCGUAUAACAUCACAGAGAGUUCAACGCGUAAAUAUGGCUCGAGUCUUCCAACAAAGGAAACGACAACUGCUUCUGGUUAUGAUGGCUCCGGACGUAAUAUAAGAGUAAGGAGAUCAAUUGCUGAUGAUAUUAACGCAAAUGGUAUAAAUGCUGUAUCAAAUCUUUCCAGUGACACACUAAAUCAAAAGUAUCAGAAGUUAUUGUCAAGUACAAUAUCAUCCAUAACCCAAUCAAAUGCAGAUAACAAUUCCACAACAACGGCAACGAAAUCGAAGAACUCUGAUAAUGGUGAUUUUUCCUUUUCAAUUCCCGAAUCAUUGAAGAUUAACUUUCAACAAUAUGGACCAUUAUAUUUACAUCUUAUUGCUAGCACUUUGAUGUCGUACUUUGGUAGCUUAGCUUGCAAAUUAUGUAUGCAAACUUUUGGAUUUACUAUACCAUUGUUUUUGGCAACACCAGCAACACUUGGUUUAAUUCUUGCACAAUCAUAUACCCAGUUUAUACCAUCAUAUUUUUACGUCUGGAUUUGCCCUGAAAUGGAAGGUAACAUUAGACUUUACCAUUUGUUAUGGUUUGGAGUCUUGUGGAUUUCUCAGGUUAUUGUGACAGCACAUAUAUGGUCCCCUAAAAAUGGACGUAUGGCCAAAAUAGAUAGAUUAUUUGUACUGCCUAUUCGAUGUGGAGUUCUGCUCGAUCAUAGUAUGAUGCUUCGUCGAAGGACUAAUGAUCGUGAUUGCUCAUUGUUUAACGCCGACGAAGAUGAUUCCUUUAUGUUUGACGACGACGAGGAGAUUCAUAAAGCAGACGAUAUUGUGCCUCAGAUAUAUGCAUGUGCCACAAUGUGGCAUGAAACCAGAAAUGAGAUGACACAACUUUUGAAAUCAAUUUUCAGAAUGGACAUUGAUCAUAGUGCUCGCUUUCUUGCUCAGAAAUUCUAUGAUAUCAAGGAUCCAGACUAUUAUGAAUUUGAAGCACAUAUUUUCUUUGAUGAUGCUAUGGAGCUAUCAGAUGAAGAUGUUCUUGUACCAAAUAGUUUCGUUGCUGACCUGAUAGACUGUAUAGAGGAUGCAUUGAGCUCAGUACAUGAGAGACAAAUGUAUAUAAGCUCUCCAGUCAGGACACCUACUCCUUACGGUGGACGGCUGAUCUGGCGAUUGCCGGGUGGUACAAAACUUCUUGCACAUCUGAAGGAUAAACAUAAAGCUCGUCACAAAAAACGUUGGUCACAGGUGAUGUAUAUGUACUACCUGCUAGGCUAUCGAAUCUUAGCUCAGCCAGAAAAUCUCCUACGUAAAGAUGGUAAUAGAUCCGAUACUCCAGACUCAGAUAAUUCCAGAGUUCGUCUCACUGAAACUCAACUACGACGUAGGCGACAGGCGUCCCAUUUUACUCGGAGUGUCAUUUUUAACUAUACUAGUGAGGAAGUUCAUACACAGGCAGAGAAUACAUUUAUUUUGAGUUUGGAUGGUGACGUAGACUUUAAACCUGAUGCAGUCCGACUCUUAGUUGAUCGACUUAAGAAGAACAAAAAGGUUGGAGCCGCAUGUGGUCGUAUUCAUCCUAUUGGUUCAGGUCCAAUUUUAUGGUAUCAAGAAUUUGAGUAUGCCAUUGGCCACUGGUUACAGAAAGCUACCGAACACGUGUUUGGUUGUGUUCUCUGUGCUCCAGGGUGUUUCAGUCUAUUUCGUGGAUCUGCAAUUAUGGAUGACAAUGUUGCAAGGAGUUAUGCAAUACGGACAACUGAGGCAGGACAAUAUGUACAAUAUGAUCAAGGUGAAGACAGAUGGCUAAGCACUCUCCUUCUACAACAAGGAUACAGAAUAGAUUACUGCGCAGCUGCAGAUGCUUUGACGCACGCGCCAGAAACAUUUUCAGAAUUCUUUAAUCAAAGACGUCGAUGGGGACCUUCUACACUCGCAAACAUUUGCGAUUUAUUGGGAGAUUGGAAGAACACUGUUCGUCUUAAUGAUAACAUCAGUACCCUUUACGUUUUGUAUCAGUUUCUUUUGCUAGUAUCUACCGUACUUGGUCCUGCAACAGUACUGCUUAUGAUGGCUGGUGCAUUUACUGUCGUAUUUAAGACGACAAUUGUGGAGUCAUAUGCAAUAUCUUUGCUUCCAGCAAUAUUUUUUAUUGUGAUUUGCAUCUUCACUAAGCCGACCACUCAGAUCACCGUAGCAACUAUAAUGAGUGCUUGUUAUACGAUCUUUAUGACCAUUGUUUUAGUAGGAACCGUCGGUACUGGUAUUGAAGGAGGUAUAACCAGUCCGAAUGUGAUAUUUCUUACGCUAUUGGUAAUCAUAUUCUUUAUAUCGGCUUUGUUACAUCCAGAGGAGUUCGCGUGUUUAAUUUCAGGGGCACUUUACUUCAUUUGCAUCCCAAUUGGCUAUCUUCUUUUAACGAUCUACUAUUUAUGUAAUUUGCACAUUGUUUCAUGGGGUACUCGAGAAGUACCACAAAGAAAAUCGCGGGAAGAGAUAGAAGCUGAAAAGAGGGCUGAGGAAGAGAAACGAAAAAAGAGAGAGGAAAGGAAAGGAUUCUUAGGUUGGCUGGGCCUUGAUACGGUGAUUAAUGAGACAGUUGAAAUGUUCAAGCAGUUUCGACAAGCUGCCGGUGCUAAUAAAACUGACACAAAGCCAAAAACCGAUCAACUACUUGAAGAACUUAUUCUAGAACUUCGCCAGAGUAGGGAAAAUAAGACACUUCCACCAAGACAAAGAUCAUCAUCCACCAUGACUGAUAAAGGCGAGACUCCAAUGUCACUAGAGAAAAUGAUAGGACCGGUUCCGGCUAAUAUAUCAUUAAUUAGACCAGACCCGACGCCAGCUUGGCUGAGAAACGAAGACCCUGAAAAUCCAGGGUGGUUAACCAGUUUAACAUGUGGUGAUGGUCCGAUUAAAAGAUUGACAGAGAAAGAACGUAUAUUUUGGAAACAGCUAAUCAAAAAAUAUUUGUUUCCUAUAAAUGAAGAUAAAAUGCACCAAGAAAAGGUUGCAGCGGAUUUAAAAAAUCUACGAAAUAACGUUGUAUUUGGUUUCUUUAUGACAAGUGCUUUGUGGGUAGCUCUAACCAUGCAACUUCAAUUGUUGCAAGAUGACUUUAAGGAUACAGUUUUAUUUAUCAAAAUUCCCUAUUUCGACUCUUCUAGAAAAGAUCUGACGUUUGAACCAUUAGGGAUGCUUUUUCUUGCUUUGUUCUCCACAAUUUUAUUUUUUCAAUUUAUUGGAAUGCUCUCUCAUAGAUGGGGAACAAUUUUACAUGUUUUGUCAAUAACGGAUAUUUCCUGCACUCAACAAUUUACGGAGAAACAUAAAAUACAGGAAAUUAUAACUAGAACAAUGGAAUUACAACGCGUAAUUAACAUAGAAAAUGAACCGGAACCGGAUUACGACGAUGGAUUAACAGAUUUUGAUGGUGACGAUUUCGACGAUGAAGACGAUCUUUCCUCUUGUUUCUAUACAGACACGUCAUGUUCGUCUUUUAGUGUAUCUCGUCCUCCACCAUCUUAUCAUUCACAUGAUAUAACAAACGGGAAGAAAUGCAUACGCCGUCGACAUAGUGCUAUUUUUAACAGACGAGGACAUGCUACAGGGCGUACUUUACGUCACGCCUUUGAAAGACGCUAUAGAAAUGAAUUGCAGAGGACUACUAGUGGCGACUCCGAAAACGACACAGCUGCUGCAGAGGGUGCUGGAAACGAAAUUAAUAGAACUGCCUCCUUUUAAACACGUGUAUAUGCAAUUUUGAAUGGCUAAGAGCUUAUUGAAAAUCAUUUGUGAUUCCAACUGUUUCUGUGAUGAUGGUUAAAUUUUGUUUUGGUUUUUUUUUUAUUGUUGUAUUAUAAAUGAACUUUUUGUUGGGAAACUCAAAACACUUAUAAUCUUUUAUACCUAUUUUUAAAUAAACAUUUAGAAACUGGUUAUUCUGAGAUCCUCUAACCUUGCAUUUUGUCUGAAUUGUGUGAUUGUAUCAAUUCUGUGUGUAUGUAACCAAAGAAAUGUUUUUUUUAUAGGUAAACAUUACACUUAGAAUGUGUAACUUUAAACAAAUGAAGUAAAUAUUCGUUGAGUGUAAAAUUAAUAUGAAGACCACUAAACAUUGUUAGUUAAUUCUACUGCAUAAACAAAGAGGUCAUUAAUGUAUCCUGCAUGUUAUGUCUUUCAUUAUGAAUAGUUAGCAAGAGGAAAAUUCAACUAGUGCGACGUAAUAAAAAAAAUGCUUCAAAUU